AUUGUGUGUCAUCCAGUGCUACAUAUUGUAUCAUCACUAUCAUGCAUCGCGCCAUUUCUAUUGUUGCUGUCGUAGCCUUGUUGCCUACAGUGAAGUACUAUUUACUAAAAGAUGAGAAAAUGGAAAAUGCAGAGACAAAUUCACAGUUUCAACAGUCACAGAAGGAAAAAGAAUUGGAAAAUGUGCCCAAUAUAUUGAUGGAACAGGAGAAGGAGUUUGCGCACAUGACGAGGAAAAUCCAACCACAAUGUACAAAGCUGAACAUGACAGAUGGACUGUUCUUUGAACCUGCAUUCACAGCCAUCAGUGGAUCAAUGCCCCUUGACACCGUCUUCAUCCUUCUGCUUAUACACACAUGUGGAGCUGGUUUGGUUGAAUCCAUUUCCACAGUGUGUCACCACAUGAGCCUGGGUGGUGUCCUGGUUGAUAUGGCUUUAAGUUUGAUUCUAGCUGCUUUUACCAUGUACAGAUGGAAACGCGAGAAAGCAGAGUCGGUGAAGAGAAACGCACAGCUUCAAAAGGAGUCGCUGAAGACAGAGGAAGAGCGAGAAGAUGUGGUCAACACACUGAUGGAGUUGAAUACUGAACUGGAGAACCAGAGGGGUCGACUCAAAGAGCUCCUGGAGGAGGUGGAGGGGGAGCGGGAAGUAAACAAGCAGAAUCUCCAGGCUGUGGAGAAGGAAAUAACAGAGCGAGAGGCGGCGUUUGACAAACCGGAGGAACUACUAAGAGAAAAAGAAGACCUACUGCGAACCAAGUGGAAACUGGACCAGACAAAGAAAGAUAAUGAGAGACAGCUGCUCAACACUGAGAGACUGCUGGAGCCAAUAGAGAUCCAGAUUAAUAAAAUACACAGAAAGAAGGAAGUAGACUUUGGGUAAAGUACUCCGAGGG